UAGACAAAAAUAUAGAUUUUCUUUGGAUAUGGCCGCUGUAUCGGCAAUAUAACAUCUGUAUUGUUUUGUAUAUUCAUUUUUAUAAAAUGAAUAAACUGUUUUUUAUUUAUAUAUAGUGUUUAGCAGACCGUGUACAGUGCUGUGAUAUUUGUAAUGGAAGCAGAUAGCGAGUACGAAAUAAAGAGAGUUCGUGAUGCAAUUCAAACGAUAGAGACGAUCCAGUCAAUGAUCGACGUUUCAGCUGACAGGCUCGAGGGUUUACGAACACAAUGUUCCACAAGCGCCGAACUGACGCAGCAGGAGAUCCGGACCCUGGAGGGCAAACUGGUGAAGCACUUCUCCCGUCAGCUGGUGAUCAAGGCCGGCUUCGGCGAGGAGUUGCGCCGCGAGCUCUUCCACGUGCCCCGCCUUGCGCAGUGGCUCAGGGUCGUGGGACUGAGCCCUGACUCCAUAGAGGCGGUAUGCUCGCGCGUGUCGUCGCUGGAGUCCCUGCGCGAGCGCUCGGACCACGAGAUGCGCGCGCUGCUGGCGGGCGCGCGCGACGAGGAGGUGCUGCGGCUGUGCCGCGCCAUGCACCGGCUCAGGACUUAUAUCGAGGCGCUGGGUCGCGGCGAGGGCGGCGAGGGCGGCGCGGAGCUGCAGCUGUUCUGGGACUCGUGGGAGCGGCACGCGCGCGCCUCGCCGCGCCAGCCGCGCGCGCGCGCCGCCCGCCCCGCGCCGCCCGACUGCGACGCGCACCACUGCACGCCGCAGGGGAAGAAAGGCGGCAAGUCCCCCACCACUCCAGUGGGCAAGCGCAAGCAGAAUGCUCGGCUGGGCGCAUUGGCACCACUCGGUCCUCUGGGCGGAGGGCCGCUGGCGGCGCCACUCGCCGCGCCGCUCACCAAGUCCCGCUCGCACGAGUCGCAGCUCUCCGCACGACCUGAUGCUUCCGAUCUCAGCGACAACAGCCAGUCGUCUGCGCUGGGCGGCGGCUCGGCGGCCGACGACGCGCUGGAGGGCGACGCCUCGCCGCCCGCCUCCCCGCACGCCUCCCCGCACGCCUCUCCGCACGCCUCGCCGCACGACGCCGACUCCGACCACACGCCGCUGCACCGGCCGCUACCCUACUACAACAACAACUCGUGCACAUAUCCCGCGCAUGCGCAGGGCGUGUCGGCGCCGCGCUCGCCGCGCACGCCGACGGUGAGCCGCUGCAUGGCGCACGACAUCGCGCACCGCUUCACCAAGACCUUCAACAUGAUCGCCACCUGCGACUACUGCGACAAACAGAUGCUCUUCGGCUCCGGCUUGAAGUGCAAGGAGUGCAAGUUUAAAUGUCACAGAGACUGCGAAAGUAAAGUUCCUCCAUCGUGUGGCUUGCCGCCAGAAUUCGUCGUUGCUUUCAAAGAAAAGUUUCAUAAAGAUGCAGGCGGGUACAUGUGCGCGUCGCCGGUGGGGUCGCGCGGGUUCCUGGCGUCGCUGACGAGCCGGCCGCGCCGCCGCCACGCGCCGCCCGUCAUGCACCACAACGUCAGGGACGUGCGUACACACAUACUCAUUAUUGGCGGAGGUGGACCAGACUCCUCGUCAAACACAUCGUCGUGCAACAGCUCGACACCAUCGUCACCGGCGCUGGCGCCGCCCGCGACCCCCCACGGCACCCCGCACGCAACCCCGCACGCGACCCCCCACCAGCAUCACCAUCAACCGCCGUCACACCACCACGCGCCGCAUCAUAACAAGCACCAGUUCCACUUCCCAGGUAUACGAGAAGUAAAGCCGGCGGUGUCGAGUCCGAACCACUCUGCGCACGCGGCGCUGCAGUCCCCCGCACGCGCCGCGCCCGACAACCACGACAUCAUCUCCACCGCCAGCCUCAGGAGCGAUCGUUCACGAUGUAUUUCCGGCUCCGGUUCGGGUUCGACGGACAGUCGUGCGGACUCGCUCGACCACACCAACAACUCGCGCUGGCCGCGGCAAAACAGCUUGUCGAUGAAAGAGUGGGACAUACCGUACGACGAGCUGAAGCUGUUCGAGGUGAUCGGCACGGGCCGCUUCGGCACCGUGUACCGCGGCAGCUGGCACGGCGCCGUCGCCGUCAAGCUGCUGCACGUGCACUCGCUCAGCGACGACUGCGUGCCGCUCGACACCUUCAAACACGAGGUGGCGACGUUCCGCAAGACCCGGCACGAGAACCUGGUGCUGUUCAUGGGCGCGUGCAUGAAGCCGCCGCGCCUCGCCAUCGUCACGUCGCUGUGCAAGGGCAUGACGUUGUACACGCACAUCCACCUGCGCAAGGACAAGUUCACCGCCAACAAGAGCGUGCUCGUCGCCCAGCAGAUAUCACAGGGCAUGGGCUAUUUGCACGCACGCGGCAUCAUCCACAAAGACUUGAAAUCUAAAAAUAUCUUCCUCGAGAACGGCAAGGUGGUGAUCACCGACUUCGGGCUGUUCAGCGUCACCAAACUAUGCUUCGGGAACAAUGCCCGCGGCGACAGCCUGGGCAUCCCGCCGGGCUGGCUGUGCUACCUGGCGCCCGAGGUCACGCGCGCGCUCACGCCGCACGCCUCGCUGCACCUGCCCUUCUCCAAGGCCACCGACGUCUACGCCUUCGGGACUGUAUGGUACGAGCUGUUGUGCGGCGAGUUUCCUUUCAAAGGCCAGCCACCGGAGGCGAUCAUCUGGCAGGUUGGCAAGGGUGUCAAGCAGUCGCUGGCCAACAUGCAAGCGUCCAGAGACAUUAAGGACAUCCUGAUGCAGUGCUGGUCGUACCGAUCGUGCGACCGGCCCGACUUCCCGACGCUGCUGACGACGCUCCAGAAGCUCCCGAAGAAGCGCCUGGCGCGCUCCCCCUCGCACCCCGUGCACCUGUCGCGCUCCGCCGACUCCGUGUUCUGAGGCCAGGCGUGUGCCGCCGCGCGCCCGGCGCCGGCGCUGCCGAUCGCGUGGCUAGCGACCUCACUUCACAUCACCGCCUAUUACUUGAAGGUUUGCUGAAAGUUGCGUAUAGGAGCAUCCUGUAUAAAAUCAUCGAAUAUUAAAAUCGUAUUAUCUCAUCUAUUUUUCAGCAGUUUGCGGGAACUUGAAAGGUUUUUUGAUAAUCGAUAUACACUAUCGAUUAGAGGUUGACUCUAAUGUCGAUGGUGACGAAGUCGCUUCCUGUUAUUGUAAUGACCCAAUAUCUGUGGCCACGCAGACAUGCAAAGCCUGGUCGUCCCCUAAUAAUUUAUGUUCAGUAUUGAAGUGCAUGGAUGGACGUAUGAUAGCAUUCAUAAAACAAUCUAUGUAUCGAUAUUUUCUGAUUCCUGCAGUGCCUGAUGUCGCCCGUAUCCAGAGUUGCAAAGUUAAGUGUGGCCAAAGUUAAAAAUUAUGUCAGUGCGAGGAAAUUUUAAAUGUAUGAUUUUCGAUAAGAAACAUUCACUUUAUAAAUUAUUGUAAGUAAGGCGUCAUACAAAUUAUUAAAAUAAGAAGAGACUUGAGCUACGAAAUAAUAUUCCGCGUGUGAAUUAUUUAAUCGAUAUUUUAAACGAGCGAAUUCUUUACCACCCGUAAAUAUAUCGAUAAUACUUAAUCGUGCGUUAUUUUUUACAAACGCAAAACGACGUUGAUUUUUUUCAAAUAUUCCACAAAGGAAUAUGUGAAAAGAACAGAUGCAUUCGAAUAAUGCAAACGAAUAAUCCCGAAGUGUACAGAUGGAACUUAUUUAUUGUUUAACAUUGUCCAGUGUAACAGACGGGUCAUCGCUACUUAUUGUAUAUAUAAUUAUAUAAUACCGCUGUACAUUGUGUUAAUAUUUAAAAUUACGCUAUAGCAAGUAAUGUCUCGAUCUCUGUACUAGUAGAUUAUAUUAUAUUUUCGUAUUUAAUUAAUGAGUAAAUUGAAAGUUGACUGCUUUGUUAAAAUGAAUUAAAAAAAAUACUUGUAAAUAUUUGUACAGUGUUACGAAUUUUUGCUGUGAUUGAUUGACGCUUUGAGUGCACUGGGGUUUGGUUUAAGUCCUGAAAUAUUUUCAUUAACACUAGUGGUACAUAGAAGAAAUUCCGUUAAAAAUUACAAGAACAAAAUUAUGUAACAUUUGGAAGUUUGUAAAUAGUUUUAAAAGUCGAUAAAAAUGUACAUACUAUCGAAUAAGUUUACUAAUUUAUUGUUUUGCAUAUCUUUCACUUUGUUAAUAGCGUAUAGAUUUGAACUACUUAAUUAGCGCCAAAAGCCAGCGCACUCAACAUCUAAAAAGUUCAGUCUUAAUAUUUACUUUAAGGGUUAACGAUUAUCAUAUAACGAUUACAGGUUUCGAUUAUAGUAAUUCAGUCGUGUGUUCCAGAGGGACGUUACUCGUUAUCUCUCCAUGACCUAUUGCAGUUUGAAUUUAUUUAUUAUAGAACUAUAGACCAAGUAAAUAGCAUUUGUACAUGAUUAGAAGAGUGUGAUUUUUAUCGAUGUUUAUCGAUAGUAACAGGUAUGUGUAAUCGAUAUUUGUCGAUAGUCGUUGGAUUAUAGGCUGACAUGCGUGGUGUAAAUUUAUAUUUAGAAGUUCAGAGGUGAAUAUUAUAUAGAUUUUUGAUUCUGAUCAGUUAUGUUUGUGUACGGUAAGUAAUGUCAAAGUUUGUUGAUUGCUUGUAUUAUUUUUUAUAUUUAUCAUAAAGAUAAUAGACAACGUAAUUCCGACCACAGAGUAUUGACGAUGAUUUGUAUAUUUCUAUUAAUAUUAUGUUUUGCAUACUUUGACCGCUGGUUUAUCUUAUUACAUACCAUAAGCAUGUUGUUCGGGAAAAAAUCUGUUUUUACAAACGCUAUUGAUGAAAUUCGAUAAAAAUCACAUCUAUGUAAAUCGCUCGAUUGUUUUUUUGUGUAAAUAUUGAAAAAAGAAUAACAUUCCUUUUGGUAGGUUGUUGGAGUUGAACUUGAUAGUUACUGUUCAUACUGCGUGUACAUUUAUUUGUGUAAUCUUUUGAAAAGUUACCAAUUUAUCAUAGUGUGUCUAAGAGGCUUAUCUUUAGGUACUAGGAGGGUUUCGCAGUGGCAACGUAGGCUGCGCGCUUGGGUCUAGCAAAUGGAGAUCUACUUAGACUAAUAGAUUCACUCGAGUAAUGUAAUAAGUCAGACUGCUCCCUUGGUCUAAUUGCAGUGCACUUGGCAUGUGAAGUCGAUAUAUUAGGUACGUUUCUCAGAAGGCCUGACGUAAAUUUGUGAGUUUUUCGGGUCGGUAAAGACCUGGUUUGUCGAGGGUUGGGAUUAUAUCUGAUAUGAUGUUGGGAUUGUCUUGUGACAUGAAAAAGCGAUCGCUGAAUUGAAUGUAUUCUGCACCUCUGCCUUCCUUUACAGGUUACAGGCAUGAUGGUAUGUGUAAUAAGUUCGAUGAGAUAUUAUGCUGUACUUAUAAGUCGAUGCGUCAUAUUGUCGCGUAGAUUGCGACAUAAACAUUUUUUUUGUUAUAUUAGUCCAAAUUAUUUACUUUAUAAAGAAGUAAUUAAUAAUGUUAUUCCUUAUUGUUACAUGAAUAAAUGUUCCUGGUAAAGAAUAUUUACCAACAUCUUCUCCACUUUCUAGAUUCGUUCGCAUGGGUCUGGUGUUGAAAGGUGUGAUUAGUAGAUAAAUAUAUCAUGAUUGUCAUCAUAAAAUAGGAAAAUAAAUUAAUUUAAAAAAUUGAAAAAAAAAUCACUAAGGUUCGAGUUUUAUUAUCGUUUUUAAAAAUAUAAAUAUGAACAAAAGUUAAUUAUUCUGGUCACUCAACUCCUAUUAAAUUGAUAGUUAAUUGUUUUGUAAAUUUAAUGCUGAAGUGACGUGGCGCGAGUGCGCGUUUUUAUCGAUGUCACAUCGAUAUAUCGACACAAUCACGUUCCUAUAUGAUAAGUGUUGCCAUGUUGUACCCACAAAUCUACUAUGUAAAUUAAAUGUAAGGGUAGUAUUGUCGUAAACUUUUGUUCACAAUGAAUUUAAUUUACAUUUUUGAUCGUAAAAUACAAGAGACUGAUAAAUGUGCAGACCUAAUUUUGAGAAGAGCUGUAGGAAAGCUUUGUAAGUAAUAGCAUAGAAUGACAUGGUGGACCUUGUUGCCGCUUAUAAUGUUGUCGAUAUAUCGUAUUAAGUAUCGAUGUCGAUAAAAUCCGCACGAGUGGCGAGGGCCACAGUGAUGUGUAUAUAGCGGAAGUGGCGCGGCUUGAACGUUUGUAAUAUACAUAUUUAUUCAAUAGGUGCCGAGGUUGGAACACAGUUGUAGUUUUACAUUAUGUAUUGAGAUUUCGAAAUGAUUAGGUUAGUUGCAUUUGCCAAAAUAAAUUCUCCGUCACUGUUAA